AUGUCAGCUUGUCGUCGCAAAAUUCCAUCGAAAUUCCCUCGUUUUCAAGCCUAUUCCAGAAUCGUUGCGGGACCGGAACGAAUCCAUGAAUCAGUUUUGAUUCGAGAAAAUGAACUGGUGGAGUACCCGCCUGAUGGCAGCGUAACGACUAUGUUCGAACUACUACAGCGAGCAAUUGUGCUUACUAGUGACGGUGAUUUUAUUGGCGAACAGUCGAAAAACGGCAUCUAUAAAUGGAUUUCUUACAGUCAAUUUACUCUUGACCGAGAAAUUCAGGCGUUUGAGGCAUCCCGGAAGAUUGGUUCAGCACUGCUACAGCUCGGUAUUGGCGCCGGCGAGACGAGCCGCGUUGGGGUGGCUGGCUUGAAUUCGGCCCGUUAUAUUAUCACUCAAAAUGCGCUUAUCAACUAUUCUAUUGUGAUUGUGCCACUGUACUAUAAUUAUAACAUGGAGCAGCUUUGGUUAGUUGAUCAAGCCCAACUUGCUUAG